AUGUUGAGUCUGGUUAUUGUGUCCGCUCACAUACCACCAGAAAUUGCUGACAAUCCUGACACCUGUGUAACUGCCACCUUCAGAGAUGUCACAAGAAGCACAAGAGUCAUACAGAAGAACCAGGAUCCCAUUUGGAAUGAGACUCUUGUGUGGUAUGUGGAAGUCAACACACUGGACAGCUCUUCUUUUGUAGAUGUCCACCUACAAGACUGGAGCAGUUAUGAUGAAGACAGCUCCUUUGGAUCUGCCAGUGUGCCCCUAGCAGCAGUUAUUGAAAGACCAAACAGUAUCAUCGCUAUGAAGAAAAUGGCUCUUCGGGAUCGUUUCCACAAAGCAACAAGUGAUUCGGUAGAAGAAGAAUUGGCUGGGAUUCAGAAGGCAAGCGGCGACGCUACAUCAGCACCUGAAAGAAGCAGCUCUCCUCCAACAGCCAAGAAACCAUUAUCAGACAAGAAACAAUUCUUUCAGGUACGAGUAUUGAUCAUAGAAGCCCGACAAUUGCAAGGAAACAACAUCAGGCCAGUGGUGAAACUGACAAUUGCUAAUCACACAUUCAGGACAAGAAUCAAGUUUGGGAAUACCCCUUUUUUCAAUGAGAUGUUUGUCCAGAAUUUCCAGGAGACACCCUCUGAACUGUUUGAUGAAUUAAUAACCAUACAGGUGCUGAACUCAAGGGCAUUACGGCCAGAUUCCCUCAUUGGUGUCUUCAAGAUUGAAAUUGGGCUUGUGUAUGAAGCACCAGGCCACGUUCUGUACUCCAAAUGGCUGAGUCUCUAUGACCCCACUAACCUCAAUGCUGGGCUAAAGGGCUUCGUGAAAGUCAACUUAUGUGUCCUAGGAGCCGGGGACCGUGCACCGGAUGCAGAUAAGAUAAAGGAAGACCAAGAUGGAGAGGACAAUAUUCUGAAGUCUGCAGCAGUGCCAUCACACAUGGCCACCCUCCAGCUCUCUAUCUACCAAGCAGAAGAUAUUCCUCAAAUGGAAAAAGACAGCACCAAUUAUUUCCGAACAAAAGAUGAUGUUGGUGAUGGAGAUGAUCUUGUCGACCCUUCAGUAGAAGUUAAUUUUGCAGGGAAAACAGUUUUAUUGGUUUCAGGGAAUGCUGCAGGGUUCCUGCCAUGUUUUGGACCCACCUUCCUGCCCAUCUAUGGGAGUCCAAGGGAGUACAUGAAUGAACAGGAUUUUUAUGAGGAAUUCAGCAGAGGGACAGAAGAAGGGGUAGCCUAUCGGGGAAGAAUUCUCGUGGAGCUGAACACCAUCAUGGAAGCAGUUCCUAAUCAAAUUAUAGAGGACAUUCCUCAAGAAGCAGUUAAUAAAAUAGAGCGCUACAUGUCCCGGCACAGGUAUGGGCUCUGUGCUGUCUUUUAUUCAGCUACCAUGUUGGAUGAUAUCAAGGAACUGAUCCAAUUUGAGGUCAGCAUUGGGAAUUAUGGCAACAAGUUUGAUGGGACUUGCAAGCCUUUUGCUUCAACCACUCAGUACAGCCAAGCAGUGUUUGACGGUAACUGCUACUACUACCUGCCCUGGUAUGACACAAAGCCCAUGGUGGCCAUAACCUCUUUCUGGGAGGAUGUGGGCUAUCGGAUCAGCUGUCUGAACACCUUGGAGUUCAUGUACAACAGGCUGAAGCAGAAUCUGGAUGCUCUUAAAGCCAUCAGCAGUCCCAAGGAUCCCAAAGUGGAUAUUGUUUGGAAGAAGCUUCAGAAGGAACUGCUGGAAGACAGCAAGAAGCCCCUUCCGGCCUUGGACGAUCAGGUAACUGCCACCCUUCUGGAUCAGCAGCUGAGGAAACUGCGAGUCCGGAUCCUCCAACAAAUCUGCAAGGCGGCAGAAAAGACACGUUCAAAGAACGCCCUGAAGAAACUGAUUUUCAAAGCAGAGAACUGGCUCCACAAGAUCGCUUCGAUCACUCUAGAGACCCAGAUCAGCAUGCCGGACGUGAUCAUUUGGAUGCUGUGCAAUGAGAAGCGGGUGGCCUGUGCCCGAGUGAAAUCUCAUUCAAUCAUGUUCUCUAGACCUAGCCACCGUACCAAUGGAGCUCUAUGCGGCAAAACUCAGACCAUCUUUAUGAAGAGCAUACUGCCAAACCAAGAUGAGGAAUUUGAUGUCCCUGUUUUGCUCCGGAUACGGAUGUGGCUUGGACAGCUGGCUGAUAGUCCAGCAUUUAUGAAAUGCUGUGAAGGGAGAAUCCUUGUUUUUGCUGAGACGUAUGAAAACCAAAAGAAGACCCAUGGUUUAUGGGGCACCAGGGACUUGAUGCCUCACCCCAGCUUCUCAGAUAUCACUGGGGAAGUCAGACUCUCCAAAGACAAAUUCCAGCAACCACGGGGAUGGAAGUGGGAUGGUGACUGGACCAUAGAGCCCCAAAGAAGACUGUUGCUGGACAUAGAGACCAACCACAAUGAAGUGCUGGAGGAAGUAUUUGAGAACCAAACUCGACAUUCUGAGCAAGGAUGGAGACCUGCCCCUGUUCCCUACACUGAUGUUAGUGGUGCUCCUGCUUCCCCAAAGGAAGAGAUUGUGUGUCCUCCAGGCUGGCACUUUGAAGAAGCCUGGAAAGUGGAGGUGAACCGUGCAGUGGAUGAGGCUGGUUGGGAAUAUGGAGUUGGCAUCCUACCCAACGAUAUCCCUCGUACUUGGCAUGCAGCUGAGAAGACGUACCACACCCACCGGCGUCGGCGCUGGCUAAGAAAACGCUGCCGGGACCCUCAAAGUGAAAGCCGGGAACAGCGAAUGGCUUCCUUUCUCCGUCUGCACUCAGACAUGAAAAUCAGCGGAGAGGAAUGUUGGGAAUAUGCUCCCCUCUAUGGAUGGAAAUUUCACCUGCAGAGGAAACCAAAUGAUGUGUUUCGACGGCGAUGUUGGCGCAGGAAACUCACACCCGUGGUAGCUGGUCGUGUGCCCCCUAUUUUCCUCUUGGAGGGCUCACUGGGUGUGGAAGCUGACAACCUAGAGAAAACAAAUAGGGAGAAGAAAGAAGGUGAAGCGAAAGGACCUGAGAGAACUUCAUCUCAAAGCCUGCUGAAGAUGAAUACUCCUCUUUUGUUUUGUGUCUUCAAGAAUCCUUUUGCCCACGUCUCCUUCCUUCACAUAAGCCAGCCCACCCGGACCCUUUCUGGCACACUCCAUCCAUGCUGGGACCAGACCCUGAUCUUUGAAAAGAUCUUGAUUUAUGGAGACCCUCAGUCUGUUGAGCAGGAUCCCCCACUGGUGGCUGUGGAGAUGUUUGACUUGGAUCCUGUGGCUGAUUUGUUCAUGGGAAGGUGCUUCUGUACGCCAAUAGUGUGCCUGGAUCUCCAACUGCGAAAACUACCCCGUCUGAGAACUCAUCCAGUUACCAUCGGACAGAAAGCUGCAGGUCGUCUUCUAGCUGCUUUUGAGCUUCUGUUGGACAAGGAUGAAGCCUUGGGAAAGUAUCCUCCACCAGCAUGGAAGGACGGGGUAUUCACCAUCCCUAAAUCAAUCCGGCCCGUCUUGAAGCUGAUGGCCAUUGAGAUCCUGGCUUGGGGCCUACGGAACAUGAAGACCUUCAAUUUACUGGCUGUCUCUUCUCCCAGCCUCACUAUUGAGUGUGGAGGGGAAACUAUUGAAACACCAAUUAUCAAAAACAUCUACGAAAAUCCCAAUUUUUCAAUUAACAUCUUUCUCAUGCAAGUGUACCUACCUGUUGAUGAAGAUUAUGCACCUCCCAUUGAGCUGAAAGCAGUUGAUCAUAGAGAAUUUGGAUACAAGCCAGUAGUGGGUCAAGCAACCAUACGGGCUCUGAACCAGUACUUCUGUGACCCUUGGCAAGAGAGAAAAAUUCAUACUCUCCCUUUCAGAGGGACCGAGCAAAACAACCUCCAGGUUGUGGUUCUGGAAGAAGGAAAAAAAGAAGACAUCAAGAAAACUGAGGUUGGACCUGAGGUCUCCAUCUAUAACAAUUCCAAAUGUGCUACUCCAUCUGAGGGGGCAGCAGAAGAGGAGGAGGAGGAGGAAGAAGUUGAUUGGUGGAGCAAGUAUUACGCAACAGUGGGGGAUCUGGCAAAGAGCGGAAACUACCUGGACAAAGGCUUUGAUAGUAUGAAGAUCUAUAACUGUGAGCUGGAAGAGGUGCCAGAUUUCCAUGGCUUGCAGGAUUUCUGCCAGACCUUUCGACUGUACCGGGGAAAGGUGAAAGAUGAGUCCAUUGAGGACCCCAUGGUGGGGGGUGAAUUCAAGGGACUUUUCAGGAUCUACCCACUACCAGAAGACCCAAAUGUUCCACCCCCUCCACGCCAGUUUCAGGAGCUUCCUGAAAGCUUUCCACAGGAGUGUCUGGUUCAAAUCUACAUUGUCCGGGCCUUUGACCUCCAGCCAAAGGAUCGAAAUGGACUGUGUGACCCUUACAUCUGGAUCAAGGUAGGGAAGCAAAAGCUGGGGGACAGAGAGGACUAUAUUCCCAACACCCUCGAUCCUGUCUUUGGAAGGACAUAUGAACUUACAUGCACCAUCCCACAAGAAAAGGACCUGAUAAUUUCACUCUAUGACUUUGAUGUCCUCAGUCCUGAUGAGAUCAUAGGAGAUACCACCAUAGACCUGGAAAACCGGCUCUUUUCCCGCUUCGGGGCCAACUGUGGGCUUCCUCAGACCUACUGUGUUUCUGGUCCUAGCCAGUGGCGAGAUCAGCUGACCCCCAGCCAGCUCCUGGAGCAUUUUGUUCGUAACAAAAACAUAUCCAUGCCUGAGAUCAGUGAAGAUGGCAACAAAGCCACUUUCAUGGACUCGACUUUCCUGCUGUCUGACUUUGAAACCAGAACACCUUCACACAACCACCUGGGCCCCCCAAAAGAGCGCAUGGCCCUUCAUCUCCUCCACUUAUGUGGGCUGGUACCUGAACACAUAGAGACGCGCGCCCUCUACAACAGUACCCAGCCUGGCAUCGAACAGGGUAAAAUCCAGAUGUGGGUUGACGUCUUCCCAGAAAGCUUAGGUGAACCAGGUCCUGGUUUUGAUAUCACGCCGAGGAAGCCCAAGUUACUUGAACUCCGGGUCAUCAUCUGGAACACACAAGAUGUGGAUCUGGAGGACACUAAUAUUUUUGGAGAAAGGAUGAGCGACAUUUAUGUUAAAGGGUGGCUGGAUGGCUUGGAAGAGGACAAGCAAAAGACAGAUGUCCAUUAUAGAUCUCUGGCAGGAGAAGGCAACUUCAACUGGAGGUUUGUGUUUACCAUGGAGUAUCUACCCAUGGAGCAGGUCUGCGUCCUCACCAAGAAGCAACAUUUCUGGAGUCUGGAUGAAACCAUGCAGAAAGUGCCCCCCAAGCUCAUCAUCCAAAUUUGGGACAAUGACAAGUUCUCUGCAGAUGAUUUUCUAGGAGUUCUGGAGCUCAACCUGACCAGCAUUCCACGGCCUGCCAAACGGCCUCGUGACUGCACUGUGAAAAUGCUGACGGAGGGCAGCCGAGACUCCUUUUCUCCAUUUUCCCGCAAGAAGCCCAAGCGGAUCUCUUUAUUUGCACAAAAAAACUUGAGGGGCUGGUGGCCAUGCAUUGUGUUUGAGGAUGACAAGCGGAGGGUCUCGGGAAAGGUUGAAAUGACACUGGAGCUGUUGACAGAGAAAGAGGCUGAAGAGCGGCCAGCUGGGAAAGGAAGGGAGGAGCCAAAUAUGAACCCGGUUCUGAAGCCACCAGAGAGGCCGGAGACAUCCUUCCUAUGGUUCACAGCCCCACUGAAGAGCAUCAAGUUCAUUGUCUGGCAAAAGAGCAAGUGGAAGAUCUUCAUGUUCUUCUGCUUCUUGCUGCUGGCCCUGCUGAUUGCAUCCUUCAUCUACUCAGCCCCGGGCUACUUGGCCAUGAAGCUAAUAAAUCCAAUGAAAGGUUCCAUCAAGAUGCACACUCCCCCUACGAAAGAAAACUCACCUCGAGCAGAAUGAACCUUGGUAGCUACUGAUGCUGUUGCAACUCCGUUCUCCAGCUGCCACCAUGUACUUGUGGGCUGUGCCUGAUGUCGAGUCUUCCCUUGACUCCCACCUUGCUUCCAUAGGGACUUCAGGAACAGAGCCCAGCGGCUUCUGAAUCACCACUAGGCAAGAGGCCUCCCAAG